CAAACAAACAACAACGCACGGAUUCGGGUUUUCGUUAACAAAUAGAUAAAAGUACGUCGCGCGUUACUCGCUUUAUUUUUUAUUGCGCUGCAACGGACGCGAGUGCGUUUAAUGAGCCGUGCCAAGUGGAUAUUUGCAUAUCACCGAAAAUCGCAGCAGCUAGCAGCACACAGAUACUGAAAUACACACAAAUAUGAGCGCCGUGAUGUGCGAUGAGUUCCGAAAAGUGUUUCCACAAUUGUGCAAGUGAAUCGACGUUGAAUUGCGAGCAAUUAUUAUUGUUGCCAGUACAUGUAUUAGUAUGUGCAGCGGUUUGUGGCGGCGGGCAAAGUUCGCACAGUUCGCGGACAGGAGGUGGCAAACGCUCGAAAUAACGGUGUACAGGAAGGCGAAGAGAAAAACAAACUGAAAAAGCAGAGUAAACGGGCGAGGAAUAACGCAACAGAGUGAAUUUUUUCAAGUGCUGUCCCCUUUGGAAUCCUCCUCCAUCCCGCUUUCCAUCCUCCCUCCUUCCUUCCUGACCCCUGCGAAAAUCAUCCCAAAAACACAAAUUACGUGGCAAGUGGUCAGGCAAGAACAACAACAAACGAAAACCUGCUGCUGCAGCAAGUUUUGGAGCGUUGUUUUUGGUUUACUGUACGUCGUGCCAAGCACGCCCACCACCCCCGCUCGUCCCCAGCGAAGCAAUCCAAUUGGAAGCUAAAAAAGGAGUAGAAGAAUCCAAUAGAGAACGGCAAUAGAACCCACCACCGAAAUGUCGUCGCUCAAGGUCGCUGUGAGGGUUCGCCCCUUUAACACUCGUGAAAAUGACAUGGACGCCCAGCUCAUUGUGGAGAUGGAGAAUAAGAAGACGCGUCUGCUGAAGCCACGGCUGCAGUCCAUCCGCGAUGCCGGGCGGGACAAUCAUCAUGACUUCACCUUUGACUAUUCAUACUGGUCAUUCGACGCGGAGGAUCCGCACUUUGCCACCCAGGAGCAGGUGUACAGUGAUCUCGGCAAUGACGUCGUCGAUUGCGCAUAUGAAGGCUACAAUGCUUGUGUUUUUGCCUAUGGACAGACGGGGUCCGGCAAGACCUUCACCAUGAUGGGCACACCCAAUAAUCCUGGCUUGAUUCCGCGCAUCUGCGAGGAGCUAUUUGCACGAAUGCGUGUGGGCCAGGAAUCGGGCACGGGAUAUCGUACCCACGCCAGCUACUUGGAGAUCUACAAUGAGCGGGUCAAGGAUCUUCUGGCAGCUCAAAGCACUGGCCAUGGACUGCGGGUGCGAGAACAUCGCAGUCUGGGCCCCUAUGUGGAGAACCUGUCCCAGCAUGCCGUCUCCGACUUUGACGAAAUUCAGGAAUGCAUUGCCCGGGGAAAUGCGCAACGCACCACGGCCAGCACCAACAUGAACGAUACGAGCAGCCGCAGUCACGCCAUCUUCACGAUCACAUUUGUGCAGGCCGUCUUCAUGAAUGACAUGCCAAGCGAAACAGUCUCGAAGAUCCAUCUGGUCGAUUUGGCAGGCAGUGAGCGUGCCAAUGCAACGGGGGCAACGGGUCAGCGGCUGAAAGAGGGCGCCCACAUCAACAAAUCACUGGUGACUCUGGGCAGUGUCAUCUCCGCCCUGGCGGAGCAAACGGGCGCCAGUCUGAGCAACUCCACGCAGGCCACCACCCCGAAUGGGGCCAGCAAGCGAGUGCUCUACAUUCCGUACCGUGAUUCCAUCCUCACCUGGCUGCUGAAGGACAGUCUGGGCGGCAACAGCAAGACCAUUAUGAUUGCUGCCCUCUCACCGGCUGACUGCAAUUACAGCGAAACAUUGAGCACCUUGCGGUACGCGAAUCGAGCCAAGAACAUCAUCAACAAGCCGACGGUGAACGAGGAUUCUAAUGUCAAGCUGAUCCGCGAGCUCAGGGAGGAGAUCAACAAGCUCAAGUCCAUGCUGUCGGGAGAUAUUCACUCACUGCAGCCAUCGCUCAAGGUCCUAGCCGAUCUCCAGAAGAAGGAGGCCCAGGAGAAAGUGCUUACCGAGGAGUGGACGGAGAAGUGGAAGGUGGCCCAGUCCAUUCUGCAGGAACAAAAGAGUCUGGGCCUGCGAAAGUCGGGCGUGGGCGUGGUCCUUGACUCAGAGAUGCCGCAUCUCAUUGGCAUUCACAACGACGUGACCACCGGAGUGACGCUUUACAGCCUUAAGGAGGGCGAGACGCGCAUCGGCAGCGAGGAUGCGGAUAUGGCGCAGGAUAUUGAAUUGGCCGGCGACGGCAUACGGGCGCAGCACUGCAGUAUUGUCCUGAAAGGCGGCGUGGUUACACUACAUCCCUGGCCAUUGGCCCAGUGCUGGGUGAAUGCCCAUCUAAUUGACGAACCCAAGCAGAUUUCGCAGGGCGAUAUUAUAUUGCUGGGCCGCACCAAUAUAUUUCGAUUUAAUAAUCCUGCCGAGGCGGCGAAACUGCGCAAAGAUCUGAGUCGCUCUCAGCUGGACAUGUCGCGUCUGUCGCUGAUCACUUCGUCCAAGGAGAAUCUGCUCGCGUGCAGCAUUUACUCGGAUGAGGAUGGAGUGUCACCGUUUAAGCGGCCAGAGCGCCAGUACUAUCCACAGCGUCCCAUGUCGCGGGACGAUCCCGAAUUGCAGGAUGAAAAUCGCAAGAUACUGGACACCAUCGAAAAUGCGCUUAAGCAACUCAAUGUGGAGCGCGUCCAGAUGCACGACCAAUACAAGACCAAGGUGCGGAAGCUGACCGAGGAGCUGAUUCGCCUGGAGCAGGAAGAAAUGGAUGGCUUGCAGCUAUUGAAUUGCCGCGAGCAGGAGCUGAUCGCCCGCAAGGACAUGUUGCUCUGGGAGAAGAACAAUGAGAAGGUUCAGAUCGACAUUGUGUGUAGACAAAUUUCAGCGUUUCAGACGCAGCUCGACUCUAAGAAACGAGAUUUCUCUGAGUACGUAGCUAAAGAAUUGCAGGAACUGCAAGAUUGUGGCAAACUUGACGAGAUGGGACUGAAGAUCGAAGAGGGCACUCCUCUGAACGAUGAGCUGCUUUUGCAGGUGUCCGAUUCGCUGGAUCUUUUUGCAGCGCAGUUCAUCAAAGACACUGUGCGAAGAAAUAACGAGGAAAUUCGGAAACUGGACGAACAAAUCGCUGAAAAGGAGCGUAUUCUGAAUGCAAGCACCAGCAAAAUAGCCAAGGUCGAUGAGACCAUGCUGGAAAUCCAGGCCCAGCUAGAACGUCUGCGUCUGGAACGCGCCGAAAGCGAAGCCGAGGCCCAGGCUAUGCGCGUCAAAAAGCAGAAUAUGAAGCUGCAGCUGGGCAGCAAGUCCAUGUCCAUGUCUACCUCGACCAGCACAAACGAGGCCGACGAUGUGUCCAAAUCGGACACGUACGAAACCUGUGAUACCUUCCACACCGCCCAGUCAAACUUUUCGCUCGUCUCAUCGCCCACGAUCACGGAGGGCCAGCAGUCGCCACUCAGUAAUUGUUCCUGCGAAGCGGAGGACGAGGCCGAGGAUACGCGCAAGGAUGACGACAUAUCGGGCAGCAGCGAAGAUGCAUCGCGCACCUGUACCGCUGGUCCCAGCAGCGGUAGUGGGAGUGGCACCGGUAGCGCUGGCAUUGGUGGCUCUGGCUCCGGCUCUGCUCCCACAGCCACGCCCAGUUCGCAGGCCAUCAUGAGCGACAGCGGUGUGUGCCUGGACAACCGCAAUCAAACUCUGCUCCAGAACGGACUUAUAAACAACUACAGACAAGGAGUGAGAACUAGCGACGAGGAUACCGGUUCCUGCUCCUCCUGCGAGCUGGGGCGACACUCGGAUGUAUCGCGUCCCUACUGUCCGCUGCAUUCGUUGCGCCGAAAAAUCGCCGCCCAAAAGGCACUGAUCAUGAAGAACCUGGAAACGGACCUGGACAAGACCCAGUUGGACGAGCACAUCGCCGACCUGCAGGAUCUGCAGCGACGCUACAUACAAAUGGAGCAGGAGAUGCUCCAGUCGGUCCAGGAUCUGGAGGCCCAUGCCCAGUGUUGUGCCGAAGAGCGGUCCGGCAUGGAGCGACAAUACGAGCUGGCCAGCUCCAUCAUGCGCUCGAGUGCCAUGAGCCCUACCAGCAUGGAAGAGUCCACCUCGCAGAUCUAUUCGCCUAGCAUGACCCGAUCGUGUCCAUCUAUGCGGGAAUUUCCUGAAGGCGAACACUUCAUCACCAUACCCAGCUUUGUGAUGCGCGGCGCUGGAAAGCAAACGCACUACGAGUAUGAGGUGCGCAUUGCUCUGCCCGAUGGAAAACUGAACAUCCUGCGGCGCUACAGUCGUUUCCGGGAGCUGCACCUAUGCAUGAAGCACUGCUAUGGAGCCAAGAUCUCUGCACUACCCUUCCCGCGACGGGAGCUAUUCGCAUCGAACAGCGAGCCGGUGGCCAAGCAUCGACGGCGCCUGCUGGAGCUGUACCUGCGCCGCCUGUUUGUCGUGUGCUCAAAGAUUCCGCAGUGCCCGAUCUACGAUGGACCCGGGGGACCGGGCCUCACGCGUGCCUCCCUCGUCCAGCUGUCGUCUUUUUUCAAGAAGGGCCUGUUCGAGAACGGGAAGCACGGGACGGGAUAAUAGUUAACCUACUGCUGAAUUAUCUCCUGCCUACAGUGUGUCUAUUUAUUUACUUGUACUACCUGCUGAGCUACAUGAACGACAACAAUUUGGACCUGUUUUGAUUGUUAGCUAGCCCAAGUACCACUGUUAAGAGUAAUUAGAAUUAAGUCCCUAAGUAGCUGUGUAAGACCACCAGUGUCCUUUCUCAUUCACCAGCACACACAUUUUUUUAUACCCAUUGUUAUUGACUGUAUCGGAGCUUUAUAUUGAAUUCAGUGUAACUGCCAGUGGCGAUGUUGCAAUCAAUCCCUGGUGUGCGGUAACCAAGUGCAAAUAUGUCUAUUAGUAUCGAGUUUGUUGACGUUUUCCGGCCAGUUUUAAUUAGUUAAUUACUUCUCUUUACUCUUUACUAGUUAAAUAUACGCCUUGAAUGUA